AUGGCAUCAGUAACCACUAUUAAGAGGGUUUACCGCGAUGCUAUUAGUUUAGAUGAGGUAUAUCACAAUACUUCAGGUUUGGUUAGGGCUGUUUUGAGCUAUGCUUCACCUGUACGUUAUGAUGAUUCGUUCUUUAAUGAACUUUUCCCAUCAAAAACAAUAAAAAAUGCACCUAGUAUUAUUUCACAGUUGGCUUACUAUGGAGAAAUUGCUGUCGGGACCUUGAAAGCGAAUCUAGUAACAAAUGAUAAUACUAUGGGGAAACCCCCAGGCAUUCACAUUGAAUCUUUAUGUGUCUUACCAGCUUAUCGGAACAAGAGCAUCGGUACAAAGCUAUUGAAUUACAUUGAAGAACAAAGCACUAAACUACAUCAACGUAAUAUAUACGUCUAUAUACCAAUUGAUGACGAAGAUACACAGCAGUGGUAUUCAAAGCGUGGGUUUGAAAAGCAUAAAGGUGUUGUAACCAACCAUUUGAUGACUAAAACCGGAUCAACAGACUGCUUUCUGUAUAUUAAAAAGCUAUGA